AACAAGUUCAUUUUGAGGUUCAUCCAUGAACUAAUCCACUCAUUUUUCCUUUGAAACGCAAGAAGAACGACUUGGACAAUGAUUCCCAAAUUGGAUUAAUAACACAUAUUCUUGUCUGUUUAAUGAGCAUAAACUUCUAAGACUGGUUGCUCAACAGAAUUCCCCAACUUUAAGGUUCCUUCACUGGAUGACAGAGUCAUAUUUAGAGAUUUUUUUUUGGGGUGAGGAGCAUCCAUGCACAUUCCUUGACCAGCAUGUUCCAUGUGGAGUACCAUGAGGAGAUGGACUGUGAUUAACGGAGUGUCUGCAUGCUGGCCGCUGUUUAUACUGUACCUUCUCGCUGCCUCCGUGAUCCACAAGUCCACCGUCACCGGUCACAGUGAGUGUUGUUUGUACCGGGCGCACCGGGCCGCCAACUCCUCAUCCGGGCGGCAUGUGCGCAGCUAUGUACAUCUGCAGGGAGACGUGCGCCAGAGGAAACUCUUCUCCUUCCAGAAGUUCUUCCUCAGGAUCGGGAAAGACGGGAGUGUGAACGGCACCAAGAGUAAAGACGACCCAUACAGUAUUCUGGAGAUCACAUCAGUGGAUGUUGGCAUUGUUGCCAUCAGAGGUCUCGGAAGUAAUCAAUACUUGGCUAUCAGCAAGAAGGGAGAGUUGUAUGGAGUGAGAAACUACAGCACAAACUGCCAUUUGAAGGAGCGCAUUGAGGAGAACGGUUAUAACACAUACGCAUCUGCACAGUGGAAGAACAAGAGACGGCUGAUGUAUGUCGGUCUGAGCGCACAUGGAAGGCCUCUCCGUGGGAGAAAAACGUGCAGGAAGAACACAGCGACACACUUCUUGCCCAUAGUUGUGUGACUUUUCGUGUUCAUAAUGCUGAUGGGACAGAGAGAGAUCAAAGCGAGAUGAAGAGAAAGCCUUUCUCCAUGUGCAACUUUCUUUGUAGCAGCCGCGGUCCUUUAAAAUGAGUUUGUGUUUGUUCGCUUCUUUGUUGCUUUACAGUUCAUGGCAUUGAAACGCACCAAUUGAUAUUAAGUAGUAAACAUGUGCAACAGAGCCAGAUCAAUGAAUGUGUUUUCAUUCCAUUUUGAGGCAAAUCGGUUAUCUAAGAUAUGGGUUGUGUGUGAAAGAGUUUUCUUAAAGCUCUUAAUAACAGAAUCACAUUUCUAAAAAGGUCUGUUUACUUUUAUUUAUAAUGGAUGGCAGAAUUCUUGUAGGAAUGGCUGUAAAGCUACAUGCACCACAGAGAAAUAUGGUGAGAGAGAGAAACUUGGUAUACAGGGGCCCCGGAAGUAUAUGGACAUUUAAGCCGCACUUAAAAAUGUAUGAAUGCUAUUGCAUUAGAUAACAAAAUAUCAACCUAAGUGGCAGUUUCUAUUAAAUACACAUAAUGCAAGCACACUUUUCAAACAGCACAAUUCACAAAAAUAGGUUUGUUAGAAUUAAAAUGAUAAAACAAUUAAUAUAAUGUUUUAAAGUGUAUAUUUAGAUUCAAGUUUUAUAUUUAACUUUUUGGUUG